AUGGUUUUUCAUAUGAGGUUGAUAGAAAUUGGGUUUCGAAAAAAAACGAUCCUUCCUGUUGAUCCUACUAAAGGGAAGAAAUCAAAGAAAUCAGAAGAAGAAGGAGGGGGUGAAGAUUAUUCCCCUGUCUCUUCUCCUACUCAGGGGAAACCAGAAGCAGAGGACGAAGAUUCCCCUGUUUCUACUGAUGAGAAGGAAUUCCAUAAAACUGAAGAAGAGGAUUUCUGUUCGGGCUCUGAAUUUACUGAAAACCAAAAAGCUGCUUCCAGAGCCUAUUUCGCUUUUGAGAAAUUCACGCCGAUUUACAACCUCCUCUUCAGCAACCUUAAGGAGGCAGAUCUUGAGAAUUCGGAAACCCUGAAACCCGCUUACCAAAGGUGGAAAGAAUAUCAGAAAUAUAUGCCAGUUUAUAGGGAACUCUUCUCUGCCGAAGGUUCAGAGGAUGUGGAGUUUGGGAUUUAUUCCAGAUCCUUCCUAAAUUCAGCUUGCCAAGCCACGCGCAAUUUUCAUGCAUACAUGCCAGUCUACGAUAAACUCUUCAACGAAUGGAUGGGAGACGUUAAGCAUACUGAAGAAGCAAAGGUGGAAGAAAAGCUAGAGAAAGAAGAUGAUGAGGAGGAGGAACCAGAGAAUUCCCCAUUGCCAGACCUCAAGUAG